CAGCCCCGAGCUCUUGCAGCUGGUCACUGGGGCCUCCUGGGACUUGGACUCCCCGCACCCUGAGCUCCUGAGAGAGUCGUCCGGGGAUGUCGCUCGGCCGCUUUCUACGAGAAGCUUAACCCGCCCCGCCUGCCGCCCGGAUGGGACCGCGGGAGCGCUCUAAAGUCUCCAUUGAAUAUUGAAUUUGCUGAGGAAUUUGGGAGAAGACAAGCUGAAGUUCCCAUUCCAUGGAUCCCUUGGGUGCCCCUUCGCAGUUUGUGGAUGUGGAUACACUACCAAGCUGGGGUGACUCUUGUGAAGAUGAAUUAAAUGCUCCUGAUACUGCACCUGGAACAGACACCAUUAGAUCACCUUUUCUUUAUAACAAGAAUAUCAAUGGAAAAGUGGUUCUUUGGAAAGGAGAUGUGGCAUUGCUGAACUGUACAGCCAUUGUGAAUACCAGCAAUGAAAAUCUUACAGAUAAGAACCCAGUGUCAGAAAGUAUCUUCAUGCUUGCAGGGCCAGAUUUGAAGGAGGAACUCCAGAAACUUAAAGGGUGCCGGACCGGUGAAGCCAAAUUGACGAAAGGAUUUCAUCUAGCUGCCCGGUUCAUCAUUCACACAGUGGGACCUAAGUACAAGAGCCGCUAUCGCACAGCAGCUGAGAGUUCCCUGUACAGCUGCUACAGAAAUGUCCUUCAGCUGGCAAAAGAGCAGUCAAUGUCUUCUGUUGGAUUCUGUGUCAUCAAUUCAGCAAAACGAGGUUAUCCUUUAGAGGAUGCAACACACAUAGCCCUUCGCACUGUAAGGAGAUUCCUAGAGGUUCAUGGGGAGACCAUUGAAAAAGUAGUAUUUGCUGUCUCUGAACUUGAAGAGGCUACUUACCAAAAGCUGCUACCUCUGUACUUCCCAAGGUCUUUAAAGGAGGAGAGUCGAUCAUUGCCGUACCUACCUGCAGAUAUUGGAAAUGCAGAAGGGGAGCCUGUAGUACCUGAACGGCAGAUUCGAAUAAGUGAGAAACCUGGUGCCCCUGAAGACGACCAAGAAGAGGAGGAAGAAGGCUUGGGAGUUGAUCUUUCUUUCAUUGGCUCACAUGCUUUUGCCCGAAUGGAAGGAGAUAUUGAUAAGCAAAGAAGACUAAUCCUUCAGGGACAUUUGUCAGAGGCAGCCCUGCAGAAGCAGCAUCAGAGAAAUUAUAACCGCUGGUUAUGUCAAGCAAGAUCUGAGGAUCUGUCUGAUAUUGCUUCUCUAAAAGCCUUAUACCAAACAGGUGUCGAUAACUGUGGUCGCACAGUGAUGGUGGUGGUUGGAAGAAACAUUCCUGUAACAUUAAUAGAUAUGGACAAGGCUCUCUUAUAUUUUAUCCAUGUAAUGGAUCACAUUGCUGUGAAGGAAUACGUGUUAGUAUAUUUUCACACACUGACAAGCGAAUACAAUCACCUGGACUCUGACUUCCUGAAGAAACUCUACGAUGUCGUUGAUGUCAAGUAUAAGAGGAAUUUGAAGGCUGUUUAUUUUGUUCACCCAACAUUUCGUUCAAAGGUAUCAACAUGGUUUUUUACCACCUUUUCUGUCUCAGGACUGAAGGACAAAAUCCACCAUGUGGACAGCCUCCACCAGCUAUUUUCUGCCAUCUCACCAGAACAGAUCGACUUUCCUCCUUUUGUCCUUGAAUAUGAUGCCAGGGAAAAUGGGCCUUACUAUACAUCUUAUCCCCCAUCCCCAGAUUUGUGACCUGCCAUCUUUCAGUGCUACCGGUUUCCAAGGACGCCACUUCUCCAUGAAUCACUACCCGUUGAAGUGAUAUUCAUUUUGCUGUACAGAUCCAGAGAGCCUUUUGUCCCCAUCUCUCUGGUAUUUUUUUAUUGACUGUAUAUUUUCUGGCACAUAAGCAAUCUGAAAAUGGUAGGCCAUUCUGAAUUGCACAAUUAUUUUAAAUUUGUAUAUUUGUAUCAAAUGAAAAUGUUCAUUUUUAGAGGGUUGUUAAUAGAAAUUGGGGAGCAGCUUUUGAGUACCUUCAGUUUCCUGAAAGGACACUGGAUUCUCCAUUAGAAAAGCCACCAGUAUUGCUCACAUCAUCUCUUUAACACUGCACACUUCCUUUGUGUACUCAAGCAUAUCUCAAAAUAUAUAUAACCAGUGGAUGCUGACCGGAUGGAUUAUUUGCUUCAGAUCCUGUCAUUAUGUUUUAUACAGAUAAUGUUGUUAUGAUAAAAGAGAAUGUCUGGGACCAAGGAUGUGGAAAGUAUCUGAUCAAAAACAUGAAAAUCAUUAGCAAAAUAUAGGUCUUAGAAUUUCACUGCACCAGAGAUUGAAGAACUAACAUUUCUUGGAGCGCAUAGUUUACCAAGAUUGUUCUGGUUUCAACAGUGGGGGAAACAGGAAGACGGUAGGUAUCUUCAGCCUUUUUCCUAUAAUCAUGGGUGAUUUGGUCUCCUCAUUCAAGAUGCCUGUGCGUAUUACUGCUCUGAAGUAGAAGGCCUCUCCUGAGACUCCAUCAGUGAGAGCGUUGCCUUCCCAGAGUCAUGAAUGAUCUCGUUUGGCUCUUGUGAGAACAAUUCCUAGUUGCCUACAUCAGUAGGGAGGUAGUGUGUUGCAUGGAACAAAAUUCUAGACCACUUUUAUCAUUCAGGCUUGAUCUGUGCCUUAGCUUGCUUAAGAAUGAAAAUUAGAAUGAUGCACCCUACCUCACAGGUAUGAGGAUAGCGGUUACAAAGGGCUUUUGACGUCUUUGGGUGAAAAUGCUAGGGGAGUUUUUGUGGUGGGGUGUCUUCAGUUCGCUUUUUCGCUGAUAAUAAAUAUGCUGGAGGGAGUGCUACAAGCCACUCCUCUUGUCCUUGGCACCUUUGGAGUGACAUUUCUUUUCUUAGGACAUGAGCUGUCAGAGCAAAAUCCCAACCCCAAGGACCUCCUUCCUGCUUUGUCCAGGAUUUCUGGCCUCCUCCUCCCCCAGGGCUGCACUCUAAUGAGAGGCAUCUGUGAGCCAUUUUAAGCAUUUCUUCUUCAAUUAAGGUCACUCCAUUAUCAUUUCCAUCUGGGUGUCUUCAUGUUCCUUUUGAUUCCUAUACCCACCCAUCUCCUCCACCCCAGUGUGUACAUUGGCAUUUUGGAGAAGAAAAGGUAGAAGUCUUCUGUUCCAAAGUGCUCAGGGUUGGUGCUUCUAAGGUUCCUGUUCCAUAGGCCCAAAUUCUUCAGUGGAAGUAAAAGAAACAACUUCUCUUUGUUCGUGAUGGAGAAAUCCCGUUUGGUUGUGUUAACUGCAGCCUGUAUUUUCCCACGAAAACAAGAAGGGGCUUUACGUUUCUUAGAUAAGCGCUGUCAUCUUCUGCAUUUGCCCCUUGUUCCUUAUAUAUGCUCAUUUGUUAAGGGCUCCCUGCUGACCUAGGUCUUUGGGUCCAGCGAGCCAGUCAGAUGUCUGAUAUUCAGCUUCCUCUCAAAUAGUAAUGCUUUAACCCCUUGAGCCUUAAAAAUCUGAAAAAUUAACUUCAUCUUCUCCAGGCAAUUGUUAGGUCAUGUUUGAGGUAUCUUCUCACUGGGAGCAGUUAUAAAAAUAUGCCAAAUUUUCUUUGUGAAGGCUGGAUUUGGCCACCUCAGAUUGGCAUCUGACCCAAAUUAUUUCCUCUAUACAUCAUGGAGCUGCAAGCUACUUAGCUAUUUGAAAGGAAGCAAAUUCAUAUGUACAGUUUCUCAAGAGGCAGUAACUGGGAAAGGAUGUCCCUUUGCUCUAUGUAUACCAGUAUAUUAAUGCCUAGUGUCACAAGCAGGAUGCUGAGGUUCUGGCCUCAUUGAUGUCCUGGGUAGAAAGGUGGUGUAGGACUACAUACAUAUCAGCUGCAUUUCAUCAUUGAAUAGAGACUUAAGAUAAGGGCUGCUCUUCUCAUUGAAACUACAUUUGGUAUGGGACCAAGUUCAUGUUUUUAUAGCUGUCUGCAGGGUUAUGUAAUGGAGUUGUUUCUCAGUGUACUAAAACCCUAGGAGUGGAACAUAGUGACCUUGAUAUUGAAACGAUGAAGUAAUGUUCAGUAUAUAUCUGCCUUUGUGGAACGGUUGGAUAGCCUGGAUAACACAUGCCAUUUGCAAGGACAUUUUUGAGGAUGAAAGGGUGACUGGGUGGGGAUGACCACUAGCAUCUGAUGUUAAUUUAAAGCACCACAAAGUCCUUAAUUCAAUUAAACUUUGGUCAUGCCAAUGCUAGUUGAAUUGAAGAAACAACUUACAAAAUAUUAAGUUAAUUCAUUCAUUAAUUCAUGCAAGGCAUAAUAUGAUUUUUAAAAAACAAGUACGUUUCUUGCUUCAGCACAUAUUUGGACUCUUCUUAACUUCUCUUUCUCCAAGUUCCUUGACAGUGAAAAUAACCUCUUGAAAAUAGUUCAGUUUUUAUUAGAUUCUUAAGGUUUAGAGACCAAAGUGGUUCACAUUUUAAAGAUUUUUAUUUAAUAUACCUUAUUUCAUUAGCUGGUGCUCUAUUUUUGUUGUUGUUAUUGUUGUUAAGGAAGCCACCUCCAGGAAUUUGAGAGUAGUCAACGGGACUUUCAGAAUAUUUUUUGAUAAGAAAAAUGGAUGUAGAUUUUUUUUUAUCAAAUAUCUGAAAUCUGAAAGGAUUAAAAUAUCUUCUAUUUGUAGAGAUGGACAGAUAUAACCUCUUUAGUAGAAAAAAUGGUUAGCUUAUUUCCACUUGUUUUCUGUUUGCUUACUGUUUAAUGAAUUCAAAUUGUAGGUACUGGUUGAAACUUUUCUUUGCAGCAGUUAGUAGGAAAGCGAUAAAGUGUAGUUUCAGUAUGAGCUAAAAACCACGUUUUGUGUUUCCCUUGAUACAUUUUCUGUGUACGUAUGUAUAUAGAGUUUAAAUUGCUUAAUAUAUGAACAGAAAUUAUUAGAAUUUGAAGAAUUAGAAAGAGAAGUAUAUGGUGCUAGGAGCAGUGGAUUGAGUAUAUUAAGCACCAAAAAGACUAUGAGGUAGUAUAUAAACCUCCAAAACUGGAGUUAGCCAGAGAGUUUCAGAUUGUGGUUCCCUUAAGCUAUGGUCAUUAUAAUGAACAUGCAGGAGAGUUUUUUAGCUGUACUCGCAAUUUUUGUAUAUACCUCAUGGUAUAUGAUUGAGUCUUGGUUUGCAAUUGCCUGAGACCAUGAAGGAUAAAGGAGGGUUCUACCUGUAAUGUAGGCUAUAAUUAAAAAUUAAAAGACUCAGAAAUUAUAAGGAUUGCCUAGUAAGGCCUAAACACACAUGCGCGCGCGCGCACACACACACACUCAUACACACACGUAUGUACGUAUACAUACACACAAUAAUCUGCUUUGCUUUACAUUGUUUAAAUGUGAUUUUUGUGGCCCAUAUGUGGAGAAAAUAGAGCAAUAAAUUUUUUAUUCUACCAAAAUAGCCCUUUAAUAGAUGGCAUCAAGGUCAUUUUAGAUAUUAGUGGCUCUCUUGGCUAUUAGUUGUUAGCUUUGUUUUUUAUGUUUCCAGGAACAUAUCUUUGAAUCCUUUUAAGUACUGUAUGCCCUAAAUGUAUAGGAUUGCUGAGUUCAAGAAGAAAACAUAGAUAUUUCGUAGGUGAAUUAAUUCACAAAAUUGUAACUGCUGAAUGUGAUCUAAUAUUUUUGUUUAACUGUUAAAACUAAUACAUUUUACAUACACAAUCAUACUUUAAAAAAAAACAAAACAUGUUUCAUUAGUGUAAGCAUGGAGUCAUAAACUGAUCCACGACUUUGUUAGACCAGAUUAUGUGGACCAAGAUAUUUAAAUUAGAGCUUAAUAUAUACUACGUAAGUGAUUGCAGUUGUUAUUGGGCAUAGGAGACCAAAAAGCAUUUGGAUGGACAUGAUCUUAAGAUUUGUUUAUUCAAAAUUCAGAAAGCUUUUAUGAAUAUAAUUCAUUAAAAACUAUACAUUAGUCAAUCUGAAUGAGAAGUUAGAUCCCUUUUCAAGAGAUUCUCACUCUGCAAAUAACAGCUUGUGAAGAACCAAUAGUAAAAUGGUCAUGUUUAUAUGGAACCCCAGGGGAGGACAGUGUUUUUGGCCAUUGAUGCCUGGCAUUUCUCUAAUCACCAAAGUUAACGAAUAGAGUAGGACAAAAUGCAGUGAAUUUUACCAUCAACCUUCUCUUUGGAGAUCUAGAGUAGUGCUUCUCAAAAUUUAACGUGCAUAUAUUAUGUGAGUUGGGAAUAUUUAUUAACGUGCAGAUUCUGAUUCAGUAGGUCUCGGAGGGGAGCCUGCAUUGUUUCUCACAAGCUCUUACAUGAUAUUAGUACUCCUGGUCCCAAGAUCACACUUAGCAUUAAAGAACCUAGACUAUAUUUAGAACCUACCUUAUUUUCUCUGUUUCAAGGCAGAGACAGAACUGUCAUUGUAAUUCCUUCUGUGGGUGGGGCACUCACACACUGAUGAUCUCAGUCCGAUGAGUCUCGGGAGGUAGGUGGUGGGGGCUGAGUGGAGGCUGCAGCCCCCACACGGGCCGUGCAAUAUGGAGCAGUGUUUCGCAGACCUGAGCAGUCACAUCCCCUUUGCAAAGGGAACAUUCUCUUAGCGCCUCAGUUUUUACUUUAUCUAUUAUAAUGUUUGUUAUCUAAAUAUGUACAUAAACAUAAAGCUACGUAAGACUGCCUUAUGCUUGUAGCUCUUACACAAGUAUAAAACCAAAAGAUGUUUACAGGUCAGACACAAACAAAUCUAUAAAACUGAUAAUAUUUGAAAUUGCAUUAAUUAAAUAUAAUGGAUGAUGUUUUGUCAAAGUGAAACUGUCCCUUGUAAUGUGAUUAUGGUACAGAGUGCUAUAGUAAAGGUUCUUUUGAGUUCAGCAUGCACAUAUUACCAUGUGCUAUGGUGACUCAACUCUCCCACUGUUUUUCUCUGUCAGACGGUUACUUUCAUUUGUCGGGCACAUAGUGAUGUCAUUUGGUAUUCAUCUAGCUUGAAUGCAUUGCUUCCCUAUUAAGUCAGCCUCUGUUCUGCAUAAGCCUUGCACAACUCAGCAGAACCCUGCCCUGCUGCCAGUGAAUGCUGAUGCAGACCUAGGUACUGGAGUGUUCUGGUAACACCUGGUUUUAAGGCAUCUAUUUAUUCAAAUUAUUCAGAACAUGAAUGUUACUUUUUAAAUUUUUAUCAGCAUGAAAAAUGUCUAAUUCUCACAGCAAACUCAUGGAUCCUCCUCCCCAAUACACACA